GUUUUGGUGGAGAUACGCGGGCACAUUCAAACUUGGUUUGUGAGCAAACAGUAUCAAUUUAUUUGUGUUUUUAUAUUAUGCGCGCUUAGAGUGAGACAAGUCGCAGCGCGAACUCACUCUUUUGGAUUGGAUGGUUAAAAGCCACCUCCAGUACUGUAUUUUAACAGCCUCUAUUUGUCUAACAUUUAGUCACUGUUAAUUGUUAAAGUAAACUGCAGUUCAUAAUAUUAAAAUUGUUCUCUAAAGACGAAGGAAUCUCUUUACAGUACAUUUUAAUAUUAUCAAAAUCGCCUGUUGGAACGAAGAAAUCUUCCUGCAUUGCGAUAAAGAUAGAUUUGAGCGAUGCUCCUCUUAUCAUCUUUUAAAGGCCUUAUUUUGAUCGUAUCGCUAGAUUGAAGUCAUUGCGAAGUUCCAAUUUCAUUUAACUAGACGAUCUAACUCCCUUAGGUUUAACCAUCAGAGUAGCUAUCUAAUGCGUGCCUAAAUGCAGAUUUGAUCAUAAGAACACUGUAAGCCAGUAGACGGAUUGAAAUGUAAAUGGGAGCUUUUAAAACCUUGAUCAAGUGAAAUUUGCAUAACAACAGCGAAGAAACCCUGUUGCUCAUAGUAUUUAUUUGUGUACUGGCAGCGAAGAAAUCCUGCUACACACCAUUAAGCAGUUAAGUUGCACAAACCGUAAGAAUCUGUUGGGAUUUGACUCUCAAUGUUCUUGUGAUAACUGCAGUAAAUUUCGUUAGAAUGAGAAUAGUCUCACACUAAACGCUAUCAGUCUAAGCACGAUUGGAGUUAAGGCACAGUACCUUAAACUAACACUAGAGGGCAGGCUGUUUAAGUAUCUAACACUUCUUGAACUCCUUCUACCUUCCUGUUUUCACCUUGGGUGGGCGCACCCACUCCCCCUUGUGGGCAUUCUCUGCUAGGUCGACUUGGUACUCUAAUUUGUUGAUUUUAAUUUCCCUUCUGCUUCAUCGGUCAUUAUCAUUCUAGCCAUUCUAGUUACCUGCAGUUUCAUUUUUAAUUUUAUUUAUUCAUUUAUUUUUAUUUCUUGUUUUCGUAUUAGUUUUUCAUAUCCAGUACUAUUUUUGUUUUUCUUUAUUAUCUUUUAUUACGUUUAUAAUUUUGUUUGUUUUGUCCUUUUUUUUAAAAAUUAUUAUUUUAUUUUUUUUAUUUUAAUUUUAAUUUUUAAUCAGGGUCUCUCCCCCUUUUCUCUCCCACUUUACCACUCACUUAUUUAAAUUUAGUUUAAACAGUGUUUGAAUUCAAAUUUAAAGUUAAUUUCUGUAUUCUAGCCAUUUUUGUUCACCUAUAGGUAACACUCCCUCUAGUGCUUAGUUGGUGAAGUGACAGUUGCCUCCACGGCGGAUCGCAGUGAGCUGCCACGGGAUCCAGAUUGAAUCACCUCAAUCCAUCACUAAGCCUAGCCAUAGAAUACUGACCCAAAAUUAGGGUGCUCCUAAAUCUUUAAGGUAAUUAGCCGCUCCACAGGCUGCCACACUAGAUGUUAUGACCCAGCAGCGCCCUCUACUCGGUAGGCCCUGUCAUAACCCCUAACAGCAGUAAAAGGCUUAAACCUGCUCUCUCCUCUAUCCCUCUCUGUGUUUUGAUUUGUUGAUUUGUUUGUUUUUCAUUUUGUUCUGUUUUGUUUGCCUAGAGACCGAACCUUUGAGAAUCAUCAGGGAAGGCUGAGUAAUAGAUUGACGACCCAAGCUGCCAAAGUCUUAAGACGAUCACGCUGUCAACAAUCUGAGUUAGAUCCUUUCCGGUGCCCCCCCCACAACAAUUAGACACACCGUGCCAUUCACGGCCGAGAUAACAGGUGUCUGGUCUACACUCCGCAAACUGUUUGUACUCCUCAGACAGACCGUGCAUAGAACGUAUAAUUACUAUAAUUGCAGCCUGCUAACGCUGUAAGGACUUGCAUUGGCCUUUUCGUGCUGUCCCUCUCUCCCUCUCUCCCUCUCUCUCUCUCUCUCCCUCUCUCUUUUCACCAGUGAGCCAGCAUGUCUCGAUCAUCCAGCCCUGAUGCCCACUGGGAUCGACUAGCGUCCUGGCUGAGUGCCAUAACUGGUACACUCCUGUCUGAAGCAGCCGGCGGCCUGCAGCACCUGAGCCGGGAACAGCUCGACGACAACCUGAGCGCCCUGAUGUCACACGAUCCGACACAGGACUACAGCCACAAAGAUCUCACCAAGAUCCUCGGGCCCCUCGCCCACAACCUCCUCGCUCAGGCAAAGCUGGGAGAAGCAAGCAUCUCCCGCAUGGAACAGGAAGCAGCAGCGCUGAAGCUCCAGGCUGAGGAGGCUCAGAGAAACCUGGUGCUUGCUCAAAGUCAACUGGACCAGCUAACGUCGGAGACUCAGCACCAGCACAGGACGGCGGAUGAAAAGGACCCAGAGCUGCAGGAGGAAGUAGAAAGACUCCAGAAAGCCUUAACUGAUCUCCGUGUAGACACAACACGCCGAGAGCAGUGGGAAAAGGACACCAGAGAGGAACUAAGUGAAAAACUUCAGCGAGCCGAGGCUCUCCUGAUGAGAGCAGAGACUGAACUCAAAGAGAGAGAUGCUAGGGCCAGGGCCUGUGAAGGCCACCUGCAAAGUUCCCGGGCUGAAGUCAGUGCCCUGGCCCAACAAAGAGACUAUUUAAAAGAUGAACUUGAUACGGUUCACCGAGAGCUUAAAUAUGCAUAUAGACUGCAAAGUGACUCUGAAAGGGAAAUGCACACCACAGAAUUUCCCCUAACCAGCAGAUUGAUACCUCCUAGUCAAGGGUUUCCAGUUCGAAAGGGGGGUGAGAGCCCACUGCUCAAGACAUCACCUGCCAGCAUCCCUGAACCCCCAGCAGCAGCAAGGGGGUGGGAGCCUUUUCAAAGGCUGUCUUCCAGUCACGGCGUGUCACCUAAAGAAUUGGAUAAGCUGGCUAGAAACAUUCCCACUUUCACUCCAAACCCUGCAGGAGGCCACGAUGUGCACGCCUACUUAAAAGACAUUGACUUUCACUUGCAAACUGUUGCCAAUGUUACCACACGAGACAGACUCUAUCUGCUCCGAAUCACCGCUAGCCGUGAGGUGAGGAGCUUUCUAGACCGGCAGCCAGAAACGGUCGAAGUGGAUUACCAGCAAAUGCAGCAGGCUCUGAUUAAGGAGUUCUCUGACCCAGAGUCAGAGCAAGGACUGAUUACUGCCAUGGACCUUAAACAGGGCAGACAGGAAACCACACAGGCUUACUACAACAGGCUCAGACAGGCCUACUUCGGAGCACGGAACGAGCCAGGAAUGGAACAGGAUUUCAACUUCAAAAUUCUGUUCCUCCGGAACCUGCACCCAACAGUGAGCCACCACUUGGGGGUUCUGGCUUGCCCACGGACUAUGUCCACCCAACAGCUGCGAGAUUUGGCCCAUAAGGCCUAUGUUAAACAAAAGACUGCUUCUGAAAAGACAGGAAAAAACCCCACAAUCUAUCCUGUCACUAAUCAGAGUUCUGAACUUGCUCUAGAGGGCGCCGAGCCAAGCCACACUGACAAACCUGUCAACACAAUGUCAAGGUCCUUCCCAACCAGCAGAGAGCAGCAUGGCCAUGGUGGUGCCCGUCCUAAGCACCAGUAUGAGCGCCCCGAGAGAUCCUGGGACAGGUCACAACCACCCCUCAACCGAAGGGGUGGAGCCACAUGGGAAGCCAAGAGACGGCCCAAGGGGAACCGACACUCACAGACACAAGCACCAAGCUCGGACUGCCAGCAGCAGAACCCCUCUCAACAGGCCCUGGACAAGCCCAAAUAUAAACCAUCCACAGAACAGAACCAGAAAGCUACAUCUGAAUCAGCAGAGAUCAUGAGACUUUUAAAGGAACUCCUCCAAGAAAAGCACCAUAAGGGAAAGAAAAGGGAUGAGUCAGAUCAGCUAUGACUAAGCAUUAGCUCUGACCCCAACGCCCACUCAGAGUCCCCUCAAAAUGAACUUCCCAACCAGAUCACUGCUAAUCCACUGUUAACCACAGAACCAGAUAUCUCAUCACCAAGUGGUGACAUCACUCAACCACCUCAGCUGACUGUGGAACCACCAGAACCAGCCAACAUCCCGCAACACACCUCCAGCCAGGACUGCAAAGU